CUAUACCAUUAAUAUUCAAUAAGGUGGCCAUCAAGUUCCCCCAUGUAAACUGCAACUUCCUCUCUUCUUCUCAUUUGAACUAUCAAAAUCAUCAUAAGGCCAGUUUUACAUAUACAUAUAUAGUUACAUAAUUAAUGAGAGCUACCAAUAAUACAGUAAGAUAUUGAUCAGCCUGUAUAUACAAGUAGCUAGCAUAAUAAAUACCAUAUUGAUGCUGAGAGCUACUGUUGAGUUGCUGUCUUUAUAUUAUCAUUCUCUUUCUCAGAUUCAUUUGGGAAAGAACAAGUUUGUGUGACAGAGAUGGGGAAGAAAAGCAAGUGGAUAACCAAGUUCUUGACAGGGAAGAAAGACAAGGAAAAGAGUUCUAACAAUGAGCACAUUUCAACUAGCUAUGAAAAUCCAUCAACUCCUAUCUCAAUUCUACCAGUAACUCCUAAAGAAAAAAGACGGUGGAGUUUUCGGAGAUCAUCUGCCAGUCAGACACCUCAAAAGGACUUGAGCUCAGUGGAAACAGCUGCUGUAGUGGUGCCAAUUCAGUCGAGUUUGGAGGCAGAUAAUGAGCAGAAGAAACAUGCAAUGGCUUUGGCUAUGGCUACUACUGCAGCUGCUGAUGCUGCUGUGGCGGCUGCACAGGCAGCUGCUGCAAUGAUGCGCCUCGCGGCUGCCACCCCGGGCAGAGGCUCCCCUGUUGAAGAGGCUGCUGCAACCAAGAUUCAGUCUGUUUUCCGUUCCUAUUUGGCAAGAAAGGCAUUGUGCGCGUUGAAAGGGCUAGUGAAGUUGCAGGCACUGGUGAGGGGGCAUUUGGUGAGAAAACAGGCCACCGCGACACUUAGGUGCAUGCAGGCCUUGGUGACAGUUCAGGCCAGAGCUCGUGCCCAAAGGAUCCGUAUGGUUGACGAUGCAAAUCCAUAUAAUCAAAGGCCAUCAAAUUACAGAAAAUCAACACAGCAAGAUGAAAGAUCUAGACAUUCUCAUUAUGAUCUGAUGGAAGAAAACAUAAAGAUUGUUGAGAUGGAUUUUGGUGAUGCAAGAGCAAGCUUAAAAAGCAGGGGUGGCUAUUCAAACUACACAAAUACAGAUCACAGAUUUUCCCCAAACCAUCAAUUCUUGAAGCAAGAUAGCCAACAAGUCUCUCCAGCACCAUCAGCAAUCAAUGACAUGAGCCCAAGAACAUAUAGUGGUCAUUUUGAGGACCAUUCUUUCGGAACCACACAAAGCAGUCCUCAGUACUACUCAGGCAAUUCCAAACAUGAUCCAUCAAAAGUUCCCUUCUCUUAUCCCAGAGAAUAUGCAGAGUCCAUGUCUUAUGACUACCAAUUCUUCCCAAACUACAUGGCCAACACACAAUCCUCAAAGGCCAAGGUCAGGUCACAUAGCGCGCCUAAGCAACGCCCUGCAGAAACGUAUGAAAGACAGCUAAGUAGACGAAGACCAUCGAUAGAAGGAAGGAAUGUACCAAGGUCUGUGAAAAUGCAGAGAUCAUCUUCUCAUGUUAGUGCCACAGCUCAGAAUUAUCAGUAUCCCUGGUCUAUUAAGCUUGACAAAUCAGCUGUUUCGCUUAAAGAUAGCGAAUGUGGAUCGAAUAGCACAAUGCUAACUAAUGCACAUUACUGCAGAUCAUUAGUUGGAUUUGACGUUCAAGGGCAUAGGUACUGAUUGUUUUGAGUUCAUAAAAGUGAUUAAAAGCUGCUUUCAACUCCAAGUUGCAUUUGUGUAAAGAAUUGUACUUUUUGUGUGUGUUUCUUUGGACUUCAAGUAUGAAGUUAGGAUAUGGUUUUUGAGGCAUAGAGUAUGUGACAAAGAACCAUAAGCAUUAACAAGUACCCCUGAAAUAUAAUUGUGAAAGUUUGUCUAAUACAUUUCAUUUCUUGAUUUUA